AUGAAAGUUGUGUAUCCCACUCUAAACAGUAUAAAUUGUCCUCUCUACGUUGCUUGGAGUAAACGAAUGCGACGGCAUGAGCGACUGACACCAGCUGUCGGCCGAGCGCCGACCAACGCCCCAUUGGGUGGCCGAUAUCCGAAGGGCGACCAGCUUGCUGGCCAGUUCACACCGUCUGCCCACAACUUGGUGUUUCCCAUUGUCCCCUUUUUCCGGCGGCUCAAUCUCCUCUCUCCACCCUUUAGGGGCUGA